GUUACCUGUCAUUUCAUCAAAGUGCCUGCACGAGAGGCCGUCUUCAUCUCUUGAUAGGGACCUUUAAUUUGCACCGCAGAAUGUCGCUCGCCCCGUCUGCAAAAUCUGCACCACGUGCAGAAAAGUGCACUUUUCAACAAGCUCGUGGAUGUUUCAACAACUCCAUGGCUGGUUUGAGUUGGUAACUGGUGUCAGGUUGAGAUUGAGAGGUUUUGCGCUUUUUCUCAGUACAUCAUAACACUGCGUUUUUAAUUGAUUUUGCAAGAAGGGAAAAUUCCGAUUUUUGAUGCAGUGCCCGGAUUUUUUUUUUUUUUUUUUUUUUAAUUGAGCCAAUACAGCAAAAGCUCAGUAUGUCUCUGUGUGCAGCUCACCAUCAGGGCAACUAGCUGUGCAGCAGCAUCACCAUUAACGCUGAGAAAAUUCGAUGUCAGUACGAUUUGAUUAAAGGAAAGUGCAUUCAUCGAACAAAAAUAAGUAGAAAAAAAAUCAUAAUGGCCAAAAACACUUCUUUGUAUUUUCGAAUUGUAGAAGGAAGAAAUCUACCUGCUAAAGACGUCUCCGGUACUAGUGAUCCUUACUGCAUAGUGAAAGUGGAUAAUGAAGUUGUGGCCAGGACAGCGACAGUGUGGAAGAAUCUGAACCCGUUUUGGGGAGAGGAGUACACCCUCCACCUGCCCAUGGGGUUCCACAGCCUGUCCUUCUAUGUCAUGGAUGAGGACACGAUUGGCCAUGAUGAUGUCAUCGGAAAAAUCUCUUUAAACAAAGAAGCGAUUGGUUCCCAAGGCAAAGGGCUGGAUAACUGGAUGAACCUGACGAGAGUGGACCCAGACGAGGAGGUGCAGGGUGAGAUUCACCUGGGGCUGGAACUGCUCAGAGACCCCCCCAGGACAGGACUGCGCUGCCACGUCAUCGAGGCCAGAGACCUGGCCCCUCGGGAUAUCUCUGGGACCUCCGACCCCUUCGCCAGGAUACUGUUCAACAACAGGACGGCCGAGACCUCAAUCAUCAAGAAGACACGCUUCCCUCACUGGGAUGAGGUGCUGGAGCUGGAGCUGGAGGGCUCCGAGGAGGCGGAGGGGCGCAGCCUCACUCUGGAGGUGUGGGACUGGGACUUGGUGGGAAAGAACGACUUCCUGGGAAAGGUGGAGAUCCCCCUGGAAUGCCUGCAGAGGUCCCCCCAGGUCCGGGGCUGGUUUCGGCUGCUGCCCCUAGGAAACAUGGAGGAUGAUGCAGGGGGUAAACUGGGAGCCCUGAGAUUGACAGUCCGCCUGGCGGAGGACCGCAUCCUGCCUUCAAUGUACUAUCAGCCCCUGAUUGACCUGCUGGUGGAGUCUGUGAUCUGUCCUGCUGAGGUGAAGGACACAACCCCACUAACCAUGCUAGAGGAAGUGACAACAGUGGAGAGCCGCCAGGAUGUUGCCAUGACGCUGGUCAAGAUCUACUUGGGCCAGGGGCUGGUGGUGCCCUUCCUGGACUACCUCAACAUGAGAGAGGUCAACCAGACCUCCGAUCCCAACACUCUGUUCAGAUCCAACUCCCUUGCGUCAAAGGCCAUGGAGCAGUUUAUGAAGGCAGUGGGAAUGCUGUACCUCCAUGAAGUCUUAAAGCCCACUGUGAACAGGAUCUUCGAUGAGAAGAAAUACAUUGAGCUGGACCCAUGUAAGAUUGAACUGAAUCGAACCAGGCGCAUCCCGUUCAAGGGCUCGGCGUCAGAGGCCGAGGUGCGGGAGAGCAGCCUGGAGCUCCUGCGGGCCUACCUGUCCGACAUCAUGGACUCCAUCGUGGGCUCCGUGGCCCAGUGUCCCCCUGUCAUGAGAGUGGCCUUCAAGCAGCUUCACAAGAGAGUGGAGGAGCAGUUCCCUGAGGCAGAGAAUGAGGAUGUGAAGUACCUGGCCAUCAGUGGAUUCUUCUUCCUGCGAUUCUUUGCCCCUGCGAUCCUGACUCCAAAGCUGUUCAACCUGAGAGACCACCACGCAGACACACGCACAAGCCGCACGCUGCUGCUGCUGGCCAAGGCUGUGCAGAGCAUUGGGAACCUGGGCCUGCAGCUGGGCCAUGGGAAGGAGCAGUGGAUGGCUCCCCUGCACCCCUUCAUCCUUCAGAGUGUCAGCUGUGUGAAGGACUUCCUAGACAAGCUCAUAGACAUCGACAAUGAGAACGUGUCGGAGGUGCACCAGCGCGCUGUGUUCCUGCCCUCGGUCACGGUGAAGGAAGGCUACCUGCACAAGCGCAAGGCCGAGGGCCCACAGCUCUUGACACGCUUUGCCUUCAAGAAGCGUUACUUCUGGCUGAGCAGCGAGACGCUGUCCUACGCCAAGUCACCAGACUGGCAGGUGCGCUCCUCGAUCCCUGUCCAGCGGAUCUGUGCCGUGGAGAGGGUGGAUGAAAACGCCUUCCAGCAGCAGAACAUGAUGCAGGUGGUCACUCAGGACAAUGACGGGCAGCUUCACACCAUGUACAUCCUGUGCAAGAACGUGAAUGCGCUGAACCAGUGGCUGUCCUCAAUCAGGAAGGCCAGUAUCUACAAUGAGAGGAUGCUACCCUCCUUCCACCCAGGGGCUUACAGGAGUGGAAAGUGGAGCUGCUGUCUGCAGUCAAACAGGACUGUCCUGGGCUGCAGCCGCACACACUCUGCCGUGACACUCGGGGACUGGAGUGACCCACUAGACCCUGAUGCAGAGACCCAGACCAUCUACAGACAGCUGCUGCAGGGUCGGGACAAGCUCAGGAAGAAGUACCUGGAGUCUGCUGAUGCAGAAACUGCCAUGGACCAGGAGGAGAGGAAACACAGCCCCAGAAUUCGAUCAGACGGGGUGGAGCGGAGCAGAAACUUCCACGAGCAGAGGAUGGCAGCAGCAGCGCGUCUUCUCGACGUGGUUCAGGAUCUGGAGCGUGCUCACCAGGCCUUUGAACGACGGGAGAAAGAGGAGGCGGCCAAUGAGAUCCUGCCUCCUUAAGCCACGCCCCUCAGGGGGGUGGGGCAAGAGAUAGAAUGCAAAUUAACACCUCCCAUUCCCAUUGUGUUUUGUUUUGGUGGAUGUCUGUCAAACCUUGUCGCUAACGCUGUUUGUGUUUUAUUGGCUGGGUGAUGAUGAUUGGUCAGAAAGUCAUACAGGUUUGAACGUUACUUUGCAGGAAGUUACAAGGAAGAAACAGGAGCUUUUAAAUAAAUGUGUUUCUGCAAGAAACAGGAUAAAAAGGUCUGUCAACUAUGGACUCAGUAACAUAAAAUAUCUAAGAUAUUCAGACAUUUACAACGAUAGAGCUUGCCACAAUUUCAUCUAAGAGCAAACUAUGGACAUUCUUUAAGUUGUUCUUAAAUAAUCUAUAGCCUGUUUUCUUACAAUACCGAUACUUAAUUGUUUGAGCUAUUGAAGACCAUAUCUUUGGAUCCGUUGCAUUGAAUUCACAUGGACAUUUGUUACAAGCAGUUUUCCGCACUUCGAAUGUAUAAGCUUUUUUUCUCUCGAUACUAACUAGCAGGUAUUCCUCAUUCGGUGUAGCACAUUGCAGCUAUUGGUGGAGUAGUACUACAGUGCUCACAUUUUUAUAAUGAUAUCGCAACGGUAUGAAAUAAUACACACUGGUAAUCCAUUGCAGUACCAUAUCAGUACCACUGUUCCAAACCUGUUGGCAUUGCUUCUAAUGCUGUGUUCUGCUAAUGGUUUAGCCUGGGUUUCUCCUGGAUAAUACACUGGGAUUAUAAUGAUAUAUCAAUGCUCUUCUUCUUAUGGGCCCAGGCUCUUCUCCAGUCAUCCCUUCAUGAGUAGAGGAAAGGGUUUUAUACCAAGGCGUUUCUCAGUACAGUAUUUCAUUCCUAUUGGUUUUUGGGGCAGCAGUGUGGAGUAGUGGUUAGGGCUCUGGACUCUUGACCAGAGGGUUGUGGGUUCAGUCCCCAGUGGGGACACUGCUGCUGUACCCUUGAGCAAGGUACUUUACCUAGAUUGCUCCAGUAAAAAAACCAACUGUAUAAAUGGGUAAUUGUAUGUAAAAAUAAUGUGAUACCUUGUAACGAUUGUAAGUCGCUCUGGAUAAGGGCGUCUGCUAAGGAAUAAAUAAGAAGAAGAAAUACUGCAGCUUGAGAAGGGUCUUUGUUUGUUUUAAUACAUGAAAGUUUGGAUGUUGAAUAAUUGUUGCUGCUGCUGCUGUAGCUGAACGCAUGAGCCCCAGUUUGCCAUUGCUCAAUAGUUGCCUGUGCUUGAUCGUACAUUGUAUGUUACUGAGUCCACAGUUGACAGACCUUUUUAUCACAGUGCUUUUUCCAUUGGCCUGAAUUAUAAGAGAAGGUCUUGCAUGGAGUUUAGUUUCUACAGUAACUGUCAGUGAAAUGAUCAAUGCGCCCCUAAAGUUAUAUUAACUAAUGUCUUCUUCUGCUUGUUUUUUUUUUCUUGGCAGUAUUUUUUACGGAUGCAUUUCUUACAUCCACAAGUGUUGCAGAGCUUAAUGGUUCAGUUGUGAUCUACGAGAUGUAGAGUCUAGAGCUCUACUGAGAGCACUGUUGAUUGUGAUCUACCAGAUGUAGAGUCUAGAGCUCUACUGAGAGCACUAUUGCUAAGUCACCAGGGUGUGAUGACUGAAACAGAAAAUUAUACAAAGUAAAUCCAAACAAGAAAAGGACAUUAGUCAAGAUAACUAAUAUUACACACCCACAAUGCACUGCUCUUAAACCCCUGUAUAAAAUGGGACAGAGCGCUUUGUGUGGGUACUAGGGUCCCUUUAUCUCUCCCUCAGAGGGGAGACCCUUAGAAAUGUAAAAACCACAUUUGUGAAAUCGUCUUUCUUACAAUAUUGUUUGUUAUAUACAUGUUGGGAUUUGACAUCACAGUUUAUGGAACCGACGAUACACUUCAGCUACAGGCUUUUCAACGCAGUGCUUUUUCUCAGGGGAGGCAUCUUUCUAUGUAGCUAACGGCAGUGAAAAGGUUCAUAUUGUUGUGCUGAUUCAUAAAGGGUUGAAGUCAGUCUGCUAGUGCCACCAUGUAUAGUGAAAGUGUUGUCUUUUUUAACAUUGCAACUGGAUAAGCUUAUGAGGGAUAAAUAGGUUUUCUAAUGUACCAGGACCAAUGUGCAGUAUUGGUUCCAUCCACUGUGUUGCUAGUGAACAGCCUGUGCUUCAAUGGGAGCUACACCACAGCUAGCCUUAAGUGUCUCAGGAUGGGGGGUGGCAGGGUGCAUGCUGGGAAAUGUAGUUUUCACCCAUCAGUAGUGGCAGUGUGUAAGUACAGUAUGUGAAAGGAAAGUGUGUACUGGUUUCUAUGCAUAGUGAUUGCUCAUUGCAUUCAGUCGUGUUUGUGUACAGACACUUAAUGGCUGCCCAGUAAAGUAUAGUAUUUACAAUAGCUUUGUCAAUGGGAUUUUACUCAUCGUUUUAUGAUAUUUUUUAUGAAUGGUGAUGUUGUUGCAAUAUUUAUUACUAACAUACUGUUUAGUAUGGAACAUGGGGAGCCAACAAACCUGAUAGAUCAAAGCAUCUUAAAAGAUCAAAAGAAGAAAUUACCAUUACCAGCAAUGAAUUGAGUUCAGAACAUUGUUUAGAAAUGGUUCAAAGUGAAAUUAGAAUGGUAUUUUAAGUCAGUGGCCAGUAAAUUUAGUUAAAUAUAUAUUCAAAUUCAUUCAUAUUUUCCCACAUUUUGUUGUUGAGAAAUGAAUUACAACACCCAACUUUGCAGUAAGCUGAAUACACAGACACUUGUAUCCCAGUGCCAUUCAAUUUGAUCUCAUUUCACUGGCAUUUUAAACAGUGCAGUGCCCUGUGCUGUUAGUCCUUCAUCCUUCAUGAAGGUGUCUAGCUUUAAGUUGAAAACAGACGAUAUAAAGAGAUUUACAUCAGCCCAAUAUCUGGUAGCUGCAUAUCACAUUGUACAUACAAGACAGUCACAAUUAUGCUUCUAGGAAGGGUAAGGAAUAGGAUACCUAGACAUGUUGUUGAUGCUGAAAUGACUGGGAUCCUUUAAGACCCGACUUGACAGUUUUGAGAUCAGCCACUAGGACAAGCAUUGAUGGGCCAAAUAACCUCCUCUCGUUCGUACAUUUUCUUAUGUUUUGUCUUAUGCUUUCAUGUGGGACAAUAUUCUUCAUUAUGCUAAACUACUGUAUGUUACUGGCAGCCAUUUGUAAAUAUAUAUUUAUACACUGUAUAUAUAACUAUUGGAAGAUAUCAAUGUUUUACAGUUGUUGCUAUAUGUGCCAAUAUAUAUUUCUGAAAAUUAUUGAUGGCCAAAUUAUAAUUGCCAAAAUAUAUUUCUAACACAAAGAUUUGCAUAUGCCUUGAUGUAAUUAAAUGUAUGGCUUUGAUGAACUGAAAAACUGCUGGUGGUGUUGUUUUUCAACAAGUAG